AUGCUAAGGGUUCCGCAAUUUAUCCUAGUGACACUUUUGCUGGUAUCAAUUGGUUACUGUUUUACCACUGGUGAAGUAGAAAUCUUUCAGUUGCAACAGGAACUGAUCAAAAAAUAUGGUGAAGAUAUGAAUUUCUAUAAGUUUUUAAAAUUGCCAAAAUUGAAGGAUUCAACUUCAAAAGAAAUUGUCAAGAACCUUAAAAAAUUGUCCAAAAAAUAUCAUCCUGAUAAGAAUAAGAAAUAUGCUAAAUUAUAUGAACGUUUAAACAUUGCUACUACAAUUUUAUCCGAUGACACUCGUAGAAAGACCUAUGAUUAUUACUUGAAAAACGGCUUCCCAGAUUAUGAUUUCAGUAAAGGUGGUUUCUUCUUUAAAAGAAUUCAGCCAAAGACCUGGUUCAUACUAUCCUUCAUUUACCUGGCUUCAAGUCUAAUACAUUAUUCUAUUUUAUGGAUUCAACACAAUAGCAGUAAGAAACGUAUCGAAAACUUCAUUAAAACUUGUAGAGAACAAGAUGAUACUAAUGGUUUGGGUGAAAGAAGAGUUAUGUUUAAACAACAUGCUGAAGAUCCAGGUAAAGAAUUUUUGAUCAAGUUUGGUGAAGUGUCAUUAAUAGAAGAAGAUGGAACACAUACCUUGAUAUCGACAAAUACUUUAGCCGAACCUACCAUUUAUGAUUGCAUGUUCUUUAGACUACCAAUUUGGACUUGGAAUGUAACACUAGGUAGAGUUUUCAAUAAAAAUGAUACAAAACAAUCUGGUAACAAACUAGGAAAGAAAUCAUCUAAGCAAUCACCAAAGCCAAAGAAGGAACCUAAAAUAUACGAAAUAAGAGAUGAUAAGGAAGAGAAGAAAGAUUUGUAA